GCUUGGUCCUGUGUUAGUAUUCAAAAGAAAGGAGACAAACAAGGGCCAAAAGUAAGAAUUGAAGAAACACACAAAACAAACACAUUAACUUCUCAAGUGAAUGGAGUCACGCCUUCUGGCAAUUUUUCUGGUGGCUCUUUCAUUCUCACCAUUUGUUCAAUCCUUGGUGCGUCAUUACAAGUUUAGUGUGAUCUUGAAGAAUACCACAAAGCUUUGCUCCACGAAAUCAUUGGUCACAGUCAAUGGACAAUGUCCAGGGCCAACUCUCUAUGCAAGGGAAGAUGAUACUGUACUUGUAAGGGUCACUAACCAUGUUAAGUACAAUAUUACAAUCCACUGGCAUGGAAUCAAACAGCUUCGAAGUGGAUGGUCUGAUGGGCCAGCAUAUGUCACACAAUGUCCGAUUCAGCCAGGGCAGAGCUUUGUGUACAACUUCACCAUCACAGGUCAAAGAGGCACACUUCUCUGGCAUGCACACAUCACUUGGUUAAGAGCCACAAUGUAUGGUGCCAUUGUUAUAUUACCUAAACGAGGCAUUUCUUAUCCAUUUCCCAAACCAGAUAAAGAAAAGAUAAUCAUUCUUGGUGAAUGGUGGAAAUCAGACGUUGAAGCAGUGCUGAAUCAGGCUGAAAGUUCUGGUCUUCCACCCAACAUAUCCGAUGCUCAUACCAUCAAUGGUCAUACAGGACCACUUCCUGGUUGCAAUUCUAGGGGUUACACUCUACAUGUCGAAAGUGGCAAGACCUAUCUUCUGCGCAUCAUAAACGCUGCCUUGAACGAUGAACUCUUCUUCAAAAUUGCGGGGCACAAGCUAACAGUGGUUGAAGCAGAUGCAUCCUACGUUAAACCUUUUCAGACAGACACAAUAUUCAUGAGUCCUGGCCAAACCACCAAUGUUUUAUUGUCCGCUGACAAAGGUGUUGGAAAGUACUUAAUAGCAGUUACUCCAUUCAUGGAUGCCCCCAUAGGCUUUGACAACGUUACUUCCAUUGCUACACUUCGCUACAAAACCACACCACCUUAUCCCACAACAACUCUAACCACCAUUCCUGCACUGAAUGCAACUCCUUUAACAACUCACUUCAUUGAUUCCCUAAGAAGCCUUAACUCCAAAGAAUACCCUGCAAGAGUUCCAUUAACCGUUGACCACUCCCUUUUCUUUGCCAUAACCGUUGGCCUUAACCCAUGCGACACGUGUCUCACUGGGAGCAGGCUUGUGUCUGCUAUUAACAAUAUCACCUUUUUGUUGCCGACAACAUCACUUCUUGAAGCACAUUACUACAACGUCAGGGGUGUUUUUACAGAUGAUUUCCCUGCAUACCCUCCUAUUGUUUUUAAUUAUACUGGUACUCAACCGGCAAAUAUUCAGACCAAUAAUGGCACAAGACUGUACAGAUUGAAUUUCGGUUCAACAGUUCAAAUUAUUCUCCAGGGCACUGCAAUGAUAGCUCCUGAAAAUCACCCCUUUCAUUUGCAUGGCUACAAUUUCUUUGUCGUAGGGCAGGGGCUAGGGAACUUUGACCCAGAGAAGGAUCCAUUAGCCUUUAAUCUUGUUGACCCAGUUGAGAGAAACACAAUCGGGGUACCCAAUGGUGGAUGGGCAGCAAUCAGAUUCAGGGCAAAUAACCCAGGUGUUUGGUUCCUGCAUUGCCAUUUAGAAGUACACACCACAUGGGGACUGAAGAUGGCAUUCAUAGUAGACAACGGCAAGGGUCCCCACGAGUCCACGUUUCCACCUCCCAACGACCUUCCAAAGUGCUAAAGUUUCUGAAGAAAAAGGAACGAAAUUUGGAAUCUGAGAGACAACGAGAGUGUACAUUAUUACACUGGAGAGGUGAUGUCACCACCCAAGGGGAACACAUCAAGUUGUUUAUGGCAGUUUGUGAAGUUGGAUUUGUAGCAGAAAUCAAUAAAAUAUUUGCUGUAGAUAAUUCAAAGCUGUUUUUUUUUUUUCUAUUGUCAGUUUAGGGGUUCACAAAAUGUGAUGAAUGUGGUUGAUAAAACUUCGAAUUGUUGAAAUGGAUUUCUAGAAUUUUAAUGUUGUUUUUUUUAA